GCAUAUGAUCAGAAAAACAUCAGGAGAAGGGUGUAUGAUGCCUUAAAUGUUUUAAUGGCCUAUGAACAUUAUAUCGAAGGAAAAGAAAGAAAUAAAAUGGUUAGGCUUGCCUACAAAUUCUGCUCAGGAAUAUCAAAAUUUAGAAAGGGAGAAACAGAAAAGAAUAGAAAAAAUAAGGUUGAAAACUCAACAUCUACAAGAACUUAUAAUACAACAAAUUGCUUUCAAGAAUCUUGCUGCAAGAAACAAAGAAGCUGAGCGCAAAAUGAAAUGCCCUCCACCAACGAAUAAAAUUAGAUUGCCUUUCAUUCUUGUGACUGCUAAUAAAGAGACAGUGAUUGACUGCAGUAUUUCACAUGACAAAAAAGAAUAUAAUUUUUGCUUUAGUGAUUAUUUUCAAUUGAGUGAUGACACUGAAAUUCUUAAAAAAAUGGGCUUAGCUUGUGGAUUAGAUAAAGGUUCAAGCACCCCAGAAGAAGUAAACAAAGCAAAGAAUCUAGUUCCUAAAGCUUUACAGCCAUACAUCACAUUAAUGUCUCAGGGAAAAUCUGAUUUGCCACCUGGAUUAGUGAAUGAAGGAAAUGGAGUCAAAAUAGAAAAUGACUAUUUCUCAGAUCCAUCAAGGUUUGUGUAUUGUGAAAUGCAAGAAGCAUCUUCUUCUUCUUCUGGUCCCGGUUCAGAGUAUAUAGAUAUUAUAAAUGCGCAUGGCAGCACCAAAUCUGCCUUGUCCAGGCAAUCAAGUGUGGGCUCGCUUUCUGACUUGCCGUCUCGUCCAGGGACCAGCACGCCCUCCGAAGACUUUUCUGAUUCCGAUUCAGACUCCAUGGACGGUGAUGAUCAGUUGGAUGACGAUUGAAGUACACAAGGCAUGAGAUGAACUGUUGAGACAUAUACCAAGUUUUUUUUUUUUUUUUGCUUGUGGCAUUAUGUAAGUACCGUUUUGUAAGGCAGUCAUAUCAGUUUCUGAUGAAUAGGUCAUGAAAUGAUAAGAGAAUAUGCCACUUUGUGAUUUUUAUUGACUGGUGGAUUAUUGCGUACCUGAAGUGCACUGAAUCUUCUGAAACUAUGCCUUUCUCCAACUAUCUGGGCAAGACUUACACUUGCUCUUGUGAUCAAGUCUCCUUCCAUCCAGAACUGUUUUUUCUCCUUUUGUAUGAGGAAACAUCAUGCAUUGUAUAAACUGCAACGGAUGCCAGAAUUCCAUUGGUGUUUUGUACCUUGUGGAAAGUGGAUGCCUGGUCUAAACAAAAUCUUUAUAUUUUCUUUCCAACACUUGACAACAAAUGUUAUGUACAGGUCACGAAAAGAUGUGACAUUAUCUCCUUUCACAAAUGUGCAGAAGAGAUAUAUUUGUGCUAUACAUUUCAGAAAAACUUGGAACGAUGCCAUUAUUUACCAAAUGUUCACGCACAAAUCUUGUGUAACAAGAUAAACUGUACUCCAA